AUGGAAGUCGAUCUCAACUUCGCAACUGCGGCUCUGCUCUUGCAGGUAGAGAUCCAUGAAGCUCAACAAGCAUUGGCAUCUCUUGACCCGGAGAACAAUGAUCAGAGAAAAGCUCUUCUUGAAUGGAUGGCUCAGCUUCGAGCCCGUGCAACGACCGUCGAUCGUCAAAUCGCUGCUGAAAUUUCGCUCCAAACAGAGCAAGCGAAAUUGGUAUAUCAUCGCGAUCAUCAGAUGGCUCUUGAACUGUCAGCAGAAUCAGAGGACUCUCAGGCUGCUAUUCUCCUGGAUAUCCAAGAAACACGUGUGAAUGCUCCGCAAGUCCAGCCAGCUCCACGAACACAGCCAUUUUCACGAGCACAGCCAACCCAACAAGCUGCCCUACCACAACCAGCACCACAACCAGCACCACAAGCACCACAAGCAGCUCCCAUGACACUUACAAAUCUCCUUGCAUAUUCCCAACCCCUAGUUUCUGGCGUUGCUAAAUCCUGUGUUGCUCCGGCUUUCCAGUCUACCAAAGCUGAACCGGAACCAAAUUUCUCGCACAAACGGCCUGUUCCAGACCUGACCACUGGAGACCAGGAAAAGCGACUUCGCACGGCUUCAACCGCACCAAAUGUCCAGCACGAGUGCGAGUCAUGCUUGGAGAAGUUUAAUCAAGUUGAGAUGCUCGUUGGCAGCUGUUCACAUCAUUACUGUCGGGACUGCUUGGUUCAUCUCCUGGAGAAUGCUCUGGUGGUCGAGACUCUAUUUCCCCCACGUUGUUGCCGUCAACCCUUACCACUGGAGCAAGCACGGGCUUUGAUUAGCAGCGAGAUAUGGACAAGAUACGAGGAAAAGAAGAUCGAACACAACGAUCAAUCCCGAACUUAUUGUGCAAACCCAACUUGCUCCAAAUACAUCCUGCCAUCGCAAGUCCGCGGUAGAGUUGCAAGAUGCAAAUCAUGUGAUCACCAAACAUGCACCAGAUGCAAGACUGUAGCUCAUGCUGGGAGAUGUCCUGAGGAAGAUGAAGUUAUUCUUACGUUGGCACGAGAGGAAGGAUGGACACGCUGCUCCAACUGCGGCCAUUUGGUCGAGCUUCGAAGUGGCUGCAACCACAUCACGUAA